CGAGAAACUCAACUACGAUUAUUAUUACCAACUACUGCUGUCUAAGCCCUAUCGAUAACAUGUCGACUACACAGUCCGCACCUACUGGAAGCGUCAUCCAAGGUCCUCUAAGGAUCAAAGCGACGCAUGGCGAUUUCCGUGAUGAACUCCAUGAGAAUGGUUACGUGGUGAUCAAAAACGCCAUUCCUCGUGAAAGAGCCCUUCAGUACCAACAAAAGGCCUUUGAUUGGGUCACCUCUUUCGAUACUCCGCUGGAUAUGAACGACCCCAGCACAUGGAAGGCCGAAAACCUCCCUGUGCAGAGCAAACUUAACACGUUCGACAAUUACGGGGUGGUCCAUGAGAAGUUCAUGUGGGAUGCCCGGAUGGAACCAGGCGUCGUCGAUGCUUUCGCCAAAGUAUGGGAGACCGAUGAAUUACUGGUUUCCUAUGAUUCUCUCAACAUCACGUUCCCCAACCGUGAAGACAAGCCAGCCCGUCCGCCAUGGCCACAUAUCGACCAGUCCCCCUUCAAGAGAGGGAUGCAUUGUAUUCAGGGCAUCAUCAGCCUGAGUCCUGCUGGCCCUGAGGAUGGAAGUCUUAUGUGCCUGCCGCGGUCUCAUACUUUCAAUGAUGAAUUCUUCGAUACACAAACCGACCCAAAGGGAUGGGAGACCAAGGACUGGCGCCGCUUCAGUGAAGACGAGAUGAAAUGGUGGGCUGGUAAAGGACUUCACGCAAUCAAAGUCACCACAGAACCUGGUGAUCUGAUUCUCUGGGAUAGUCGCACUGUGCACUGGGGUGGGGAGCCCACAGAGAAGAGUAAUGUCAUUCGCACGGUCAUAUACGCUAGUUAUUCUCCAGCGCGACUCGCUACGGAAGAGGCCAUCGAAGAGAAGAGAAGGGUGUUUUCGGUCUACGGUGCCACGACUCAUUGGGCGCAUGACAACAUUUUCCUGCGGCCAUUGGUUGCGCGGCGCCCUGAUGGCACCAUCGAUCCGAAAGAUAGGAAAGAGCCAUUGGAAAAGCCGGAUAUGUCGGAUCGGAUGCUGAAGCUAGCGGGAGUGAUUCCUUACUGA